CGAAGCAAGUCUUGGCUUGCUGCUAGCUAUUGCUAAAACCAGAUACAUGAUAGGGCUCUGCUAAAAUCCAUGAAACCUCAACAGUUAGGAAAUGACAAUGAAAACAUCUGAAACCAAAAUACCAACUGUUUCUCCAAGGACAGAGUACCUUCAGGACUGUGGGAGAGAUGGAUAUGUGUCAAUCCGAAAAAGGGACAUGGAAAAACUUACUACCGAGGUCAUGCAGCUACGAGAGUUUCUGCCCAAAGUAAUCAACGGGGACCUGCUAGAUUCACUACACAAAGCACGUCAGAUAGAAACACAGAGGGAGCGGCUGGAGCAGGAGCAGGAGAAGCAGAGGCAGGACUGCCUGCACCUCCGCUCCCGCCUGGAGCUCGCCCAGACCGAGUGCCAGAGAGAGAGGGAGGAGAAGCUGGCUCUGCGGGAGCAGCUGUGGCAGUGCAGGGAGCAGCUGCAGCAGCAGGCCGAGUUCUGCACGGGGCUGGGGGCGGCCGUCUGCACCCUCCUCUGGAGCGCCUCCAGCAAGGAGGAGGCCGUCAGGGACAUCUUAGCUGAUGGCAAGCUGGAGCCGUUUCUGAGUGUGGCAGGUCAAACUCUGGAGAGCUUUGUGAAGUCACUUGACCAAGACUCCAAAUUGCCCCAGCAGGACUCCAACUCCCAUGAGCACCAGUUUGUCCUUGCUCUUGCAGGAGUCGUCACCAACUUGGGAGCGGUGACGUGUGGGCGGGACUUCCUGUCUAAUUCAGCUCAUGUCCUGCUGGACACACUGAUGGAGUUACUGGGGCUGAUCAAGCCAGGAGUGUUCUCCAAACUGAAAGUGUUGAUGCUGAUGGCUCUGUAUAAUGUCAGCAUCAGUGUGAAGGGCCUGAAGUACAUCAGUGGAAACCCUGCAUUGCUUCCUCUUCUCUGGACCCUGCUGGAAGAGAGCGACUCGGACGUGUGCCUCCACGCCCUGCGGCUGCUCCAGUCUCUGCUCCUGGAGGAGGAGGUGCUGGCCCACGUGGCCUCCGACCUGCUGCCCUCCCUCCCGCUGGGCCGCAUCCACCAGCUGGCCUCCAGCCGCCACCAGGGCCUCCGCCAGACGGCCCAGGAGACGCUGGAGGACCUGGGGCCUCUCGUCCCCUCCUCCUCCUCCUCCUCCCAGGAGCCCCAGAAGGCCCCCGAGAAGGACAAGACUCCCUUCCUGGUGAAGAAAAGACAGCAAGUAGCAAAGUUCUAGUGGCGUCUGGAAACACGGUAUGGCUUCAGCCCAAACAGACAGAACUGAAGAGAUUCUUCUAGACACAUCAGCAGCAGUGACAGCACUGGGCACUUUUUAAGUUGUCCUCAGUUUGUUAUAUUUUCUCCCGAACACAUUCUGUUUUUGCUAAAUAAUCCAUUUCAAUGGAUGGUUUGUUCAAACACUGUAUUGCCGUUGUCAGAUCUGUAUCACCA